AACGAAGUACACUGUAUGUAUUGUAUUCAGCAGAAUAUUACAUGUAUAUAUGAUAUUUGAGGUUUUGCAUUGAUUGAUUGCAUGUUGCCAGUAGUAACUGGACAAGUUUAAAAGACCGGCACCUGCGCACUGUUCCCCAGUCUGAGGACAGACAGACAGACGGUCAGAGUGGACCCUCAAAAUGUUGAUACACCCAGUCGGUAAAUGUCGGUAGAGAAAUCGAUGACUGAGUUUCCACAGAGCUGAGCAGUCUCUUAGCUAUGGCCUCUAUUGACGAGGGCGAGGAUCAAACUUCAGACUUUAUCGACGAUAAUCAGGUGGAUAGCGACUAUGAGGGGAUAUGUAAGCCGCCCAUUUUACGACAGCUCAAGAACAUUUUGGAUCAAUACCCCGACGGAUCGCAGAUCAUCCGGGAAUUGGUGCAGAAUGCCGAGGACGCCGGCGCCAGAAGUUUUAAGAUUUUCUACAAGGAAGGGGACGAUGUACCAGCACCACAGACGUCUAAGUUGAGCUAUAGAAGCUAUUUCAGGACGCCUGCUCUUUGCGUGCACAAUGAUGGCGUCUUCACUGCAGAAGACUGGAAGGGAAUCAAAAGUAUCUACACCAGCGUCAAGGAGAAAGAUGCGCUUAAAGUUGGCAGGUUCGGACUUGGCUUCAAGUCCAUUUUUCACAUUACGGAUUCUCCAGUAAUUAUCAGCGGAGACCAACUGUUGAUCAUAAAUCCCCUUGAACUACCCCACCGUGUGUGCCAUAAGAUUCCGUUCCGGAAGCUGAAGACACCGAAGUACAAAGAGGCGUGGUCAUUGAUGAGAAGUACCCUUGGGUUAGAGGGAGAGGGGCUGUUUGGGUUGAACGAAGCAGCUAUUGACAACCAACAUUAUCCAAAAACUUUAUUUUGGUUUCCAUUGCGUCAAAAAGAGUCUGAUCUUUCAAAUAAAAUCUAUACAUCGGACAAAAUGACAGAGUUGUUUGAAUCAUUUGAAGAAGAAGCCGAGACAAUUCUCUUAUUUCUGAAAUCUGUCAACUUAGUCUCUAUUUUUGACACACAGUUUCAAAAGAAGUUUGAAGUUAACUUGAAAGGUAUACGAGAUGAGGACAUAACAGAAAAAAGGGAAUAUAUAAAGAAUCAGGUGAAGGGAAACGAGAUUCCUGCACAAUCGUUAUGGAGUGAAUAUAAAGCGGUUCUAACAACAUGGAAACCGACAUCAAAACAAGAAAGAGGAGUACAGGAAUCAUGGCUUGUUGUAAAUCAUUUCAGAGGAAAAAAUGAUAUGGUAAACUCGUCGAUGUUGGAACUGGCACAAGAUGAACAACUUGGUUAUGCUCCGUAUGUUGGAGUUGCAUUUCCAUUAACACGCAAAAUAGAUGGUCAUGUCUUUUGUUUUUUGCCUCUUCCUUUUGAACCAGAUGGUAAAAGUCUGACAAAUUUACCUGUCCAUGUUAAUGGUUUCUUUGCUCUGACGUCCAACAGACGACACAUGUUAUGGGCUUCCCACGACCAGCAUGAAUCAGAUGACAACCGGCUGAAGUGGAAUCAUCUGCUUAUUUCUGAAGUACUCUCAGCAGCUUACAUUAGAUUAGUUAGGUUGCUUCUUGAGGAUUCCAGCAUAUCACCGAAAAUUAUUUACUCAAGCCUACCAAACGCAGAAACUAUUGACCCCAAAUGGUCGAUUUUAUUGCAGCCAUUCUACACAGAAGUGUUACAUAUGGAAAUAUUUCAUACAGAAAGUGGGGAUAAUCAAAAUGGACGAAUGCUUUCUUUUGAAGAUUCAUUGUUUUUCUGUUUUGAUCGUGAAAGAGAGAAAGUGUCAAAAAAAGUAGAAGAGACCCUUUGGAAGGUACUAUUGGUGUAUACAGAUGAUUUAGUUUGCCUUCCAUCACAUUUGCAGUUUAUAGUCAAUAGCGAAGACUUCCGACAUACAAAACCACGUACAAUCAAUGCAGAAUUAAUGUGUUCUUUUCUCAGAAAGGAUCCGAGGUACAAAUCAUUUCAAAAAUUUCAAAAACUCCAUAUUCUACAAUAUUUUCUGGACAAUACAAGAGAAGACCAAUUUGAAAAUAUUCAGCUGUUACCAACAAACGACUCGACUACAUGCGUUUCAAUUAGAAAUAAUAUGGAAACAGUGUACAUUUGCUUGAAUGGCGAAGAAAAGAUGUUUCCUCUUCUGGAUAGACAACUCAUCUCCUCAGUACCAGAGAACGAAAUCGUUAUCGAUCAAUUAAAGAAAACAGUACUGAGUUGUAAAACAACAGGAAGAUAUGGCAUAAAAGAAUUUGCUUCACCAGAUUUUGUGCCUCUUCUUGAAAGCUCAAUAGAGAAACAAAAAAUAAGCGAUGGCAUCCCGCUAUCGAAACAACAUGAAAUCUCAAAAUGGAUUUCCGAAAUUUGGUAUUAUCUUUCUAAGAAUGAAGAACUGAUAGAAAAGGUUCAACACCUCCACAUUUUAGCAGAAACAGAAGGAGAGAAGAAUGUCAGUGUUGUUCAACUUCAUGUAUUAGAUGGGUUAUAUGUCCUAAAGAGACAAGGCUCUAGUUCCAUAUCCGGUGCAGUAUGCGAAGCUCUGCAGUCAUUUGGCGUUACAUUACUGAAUACACUCCCAGGUUUUAUGCCUAAUGCUUCUGUAGAAAGAUACGUGUGCUCUCCAACAACCAGUGGUGUUUGUGACGUAAUGGUUAAACUUCUACGCAAAACUACCAAUGAACGUUAUUUAAUCCAAAAGUUCGAGGAGCUGUCGGCAAGUAAACGAAAAAAGCUUGCUGUUUUUAUGAGUCAAGCAAAUGACAUGGAAGACACUGUAAAAAACUUUCUGAAGGAACUCAAGAUAUUUCCAAUACAAAACCACAAUAAUUUAUGCUCGGUUUCUGAGGUUGAUAAAAUAACGCCCCUAAAGUAUGCGGAAUACCCAAUUUCUCACCCGGAUACAAUGAUUGAUGGAAACUUCAAGGGAAUCCAACUUGCAAUUAUGCUGGGAUGCAGUCGUUGGACCGACGAAGAACUUACAUUAGAUAUUCUUACAAGAACAAAAGAUAACGAGAUCUGUGAAAAAGAAAAAAUUGAUGCAUUCAUGGAUUUUUUUCUUAGUAGAAUACAGUUUGCUACCCCUAAACAAAUUGAAGUGUCCACUUUGAUUCCAUUUAUUGAAUCUGAGGACGGAAAACGAAGAAAACCACAAGAAUUGUUUGAGAUUACGGAAAAUCUAGAAAACCUGUUUUACGAAGAAAAAGACAGGCUUCCACGAAAUCGUCAAUUUGUAAAUAAACAUAUCAAUGGAUUGAAAACUUUGGGUUUAAAAUCGUCAGUAGAUAUUUCAAUCAACGAUUUGAUAAAAACUUUGAAUUUUAUAAUUGGAAAUGACAGCAGGCUUUCAAACGAAAUAAAACUUAAGAUUAAAACUUUUGAAAACUUGGCAAAUCGGCUAGUUAACCCAUCUGAUUCGGCUUUACAAAAUGAGAAUUAUAUAUUGGAUAAAAUGAGAAGUUCUUCGUGGAUGCCACCAAAGACCAAGAAACCUAAACACUAUCCACAGAAGAUGCUAUGGCUUUGUCGCGAGGACAAACUCCAAAGUCCAGACAAAAUGUAUCAUUCUGAGUAUGAAAUGUUGGUCGGCUCUGUAGCCUUGGUUGCUAAAAGCAGUUUAAAUAGCGAGCUUCUAGAUUACUUACUACACCAAAAACCCAGCUCAGAUUUAGUACUUAAGCAACUGCUUCUCCUUUCUGAAAACUACAAUGACUGCACCAAUCGAUCGGAGUUCUUGCCAAUGUUGACAGCGAUAUACAAUUACCUUGCAAAUGAGAGGCUUCAGCAGAGCACCGUCGAUGUUUAUAGGGAGAAGAAUAUUGUAUGGACCGGAAAUGUUUUCGCAAAACCAAAGGAUGUCUUCAUUGACUUUCUUAAUAAUUCAACGGAAAAGGUGACACUUGAACCUUACAUGUAUCAGAUACAGCCAGAAAAUGAAAAGCAAAAAAAUCUUUUUUUACAAUUAGGCUGUUUAGCCGAAAUUGAAAUUGAAAACAUUCUGAAUAUUUUGUGUUACAUCAAAGAAUGUCAAAAGAGUUUGACCUUGGAGAAAUCAAAACACAAUUUACUUGUUGUAGAAGGAAUUCUAAACGUCCUUGAGGAACAAAAUGACAAAAAUCUUUUGUCUGGUGUUGAAAUUGAUCGUAUUCUUUUUCCUGUAAAAACCAGAGACAACUUGUUUGAGCUGUUGCCAGCAAAAGAAUGUACUUACGUUGAUUACAAGAGGGAGAAUGACGAAAUAGAAGAUGACGAAGAAGACUUAAAAUUUGUCCACACUAAGAUUCGAAGUAGCUUGGCUGAAAACCUUGGGGUUCCUUCUCUGACCAGGCGUAUUGUAGAGAUUAAAGGAGUAGAAGACAUUCCUUGGGGUCAAAAGGAAGAGCUAACAGACAGGCUAAAAAAUUUGAUAGAAGAAUAUGCCGAUGGGAUAAGUGUGCUGAAAGAAAUGCUUCAGAAUGCAGACGAUGCCGGUGCAACAUGCUUACAUAUUCUAUACGAUGAACGAACAAAUGAAAAUGCAAAGACAGGAUUAAUUGACAAAGGAAUGGCCGAAUGCCAAGGACCUGCGAUAUGGGUUUACAAUGAUGCAAAAUUCGAAGAAAAAGACUUUCAAAAUAUCAUUAAACUUGGAGCUGGAACCAAAAUGGCAGACUUAACAAAAAUUGGAAAAUUUGGAUUGGGAUUCUGUUCAGUUUAUAACAUCACCGACGUACCAAGUAUUCUAAGUGGAGAUUCGUUGGUAAUUUUAGAUCCAAGAAUGAUUCAUCUCGGUAAAGCUCUAAAAGACGACAACCCUGGUCUGCGGUUUAGGAUAUCUGAUUCAAAGACCCGCCGUCGUCUGAGACACCAGUUAAGACCAUAUAAUGGAAUAUUUGAUUGUGAUUUUCAAAGUGAAAGACCAGUUAUGUCAUAUGAAGGAACAUUAUUCAGGUUUCCAUUACGGACAGCGAAACAAGCCGAUGAAACAAAAAGACAAAUUUCCCCAAAACAAUACACGAAGGACGAUGUUGCCAAGCUUAUAUACAAAUUUAUUGAAGAUGCAGGAAAUCUUAUGCUAUUUAUUCAAAAUGUGAAAAAAAUUGAAUUUUUUCAUUUGCAUCCGCAAGCCUUAGAGCCACACACAGUUUACAGUAUUACGCGUUGCUCCCAAAAUGGCAAAUCAAAUAUUUUGGUUCAAGCAAAUCCAAACUUAGACAUUGAAAGAAAACAACCAAUACAGACGGUGGAGAAUAUUUGUAUUUCAAUAAAAGUACAAGAAGAAGUCGAACAGCUUCAUCACCUGUUUAAACAGGAGAAAAUCACGGAAAAUGCGUCAGAUACAAAAUGGGUCAUAGUCUGGCAAAUUGGUACCAAUGCGCAAACCUUACCAUACACGCACACGAAAAAUAAUGUUAUUGUUGGAGGAAUAGCAAUUCCUGUCAUGCAUUCGUUACUGCAAUGCACAGAAGUAGAGCAGUCCGCAAUGCCUUUUGGAUAUUACCCACAUGGUCACGUCUUUUGUUUCUUGCCAUUGCCUCAAGAGUCCUAUAUUCCAGUUCAUGUAAAUGGUUACUUUGCUGUAGAGUCAAGUCGGCGACGGUUAGUCUCAAAAUCUUCCGACAAUUUGAUUUCAGAAGGAGCUGACUGGAAUAUAUUUUUAUUAAGAAAUGUGAUAUGUGAUUCAUAUCUUUGUCUGCUUGAGAAGCUGGCAGACCUUUUUUAUAAAGGAAACUGUUAUGAAAAUUGGCCACACCAAGGAAAAGACAACAUGAUAAAUGAAUUAGUAAUUUCAUUUUACGAAAAGCUAGUUACAUCAAAACGCAAACUGAUUUUCAGGUACCAGGACUCAAGCAACAUUAGGAGAUAUUCUUUUAAAGAAUGUGUCUUCCUAAACCCUGUCUUGAGAUACGAGUCUGAGGACAAAAUAUGUGAAAAAGCUUUAGAAUGUUUCUUAAGAUUUAAUUCAUAUGAACCAGAGAAACAUGCAAUGGAUCUACCCAAAGGUACGUACGAACAGCUCAAGAUGAUACCAACUUGUGAUUCCCUAUUAAAGGAAAACAUUUGUGACCUUAAGACCUUUUACUUGGAUUCGUUUUUCCCGAGUCUCUCAACAGAAUUUUGGAACCAGUCAACUGAAGAGAGAAAUAAGCUGAUUUUACUUGCCUUCGAAUUGGAAAAUGAAGAAGUGAAACACGUGAUUAAGAAAACGCAGUGCAUACCAACUCUACCGUACGGAAAAUUACGAAAACCAUCAGAACUCAUUUAUCCUGAUCUAUUCAGCAAUAGCUUUUGUAUUUCAAGACUUUUCUAUGAAAAUGAUGAACGAUUUCCAUCUGAGGAAUUCAGUAAAUCAAGCAUUGUUAAGGAACUGAAAACUAUGGGCAUGAUGACCGACGCACUUACAAAUGAACUUGUUAUCGAUAGAGUCAAAUCGGUAAAACGACUUGCCCAACAAGCUGAAAAAAUGUCAGAAAGAUGUAAUUAUAUGCUUCAGUACCUAGAAUUAAAAAUGGAAACCCACAAACAAGUUCAACCAGCAUUACAAAAUAUAAAGUUCUUGCCAGUUUUACAGAAACCUUCAAAUUGGCCCUUUAAGUGGUAUGCUAUUGAGUCGAAGAAGUUUGAGUCAGGGAAGAAACUGUGUCUUAAAAACUGUAAGAACGUAGCAGGAUGUGUCUCUUCCAUCGUUAAUUUAGAUGGUCGAUAUGAACGAGUGCUUAAAUAUUUAGGAGUACAGGGCACCGAAGAUAUUUACGAGACCGUUGUGCGUAACCAAUUUGAAGAAAUCACACGUAUCACCCCAAGUGAAAAAUUUAAUGAAAUAUGGGAGAUAUACAGGGAUGUUUACGCGUAUUUCAAUGAUAUCGAUUGCUCUUUUCUGUCCACCUUUGAAGACCAGUGUUGCCUUUUAACAAAGUCGGGAUUAGUCAAACCAAACGCUAGUGCUCUGGAACUACGCUGUGAUUUGGAACCUUUUUUGUUUAAAGUAGAUGAUCGGUGGAAAAAAUACGAAAAUUUCUUAAGGUGCAUUGGAGUAAAAAAGACUUUCUCAGUCCAUUGUCUAUUUGAGACUCUUAAAACAAUUGAUCUAAAAGAGGGAGAAACAUCAGAACAUGUUUCCAAAAUCAUUGAUAUUUUAAACAUGCUGUCGGACACUAAAAGAAGAGGGGGUUUUCAAUCUAUCUGUGACCGCGAAACAGUAUUACUACCAGACACAAAUAAAAUAAUGAGAAAGCCAAGUGAUCUUUGUAUUGAUGAUGAUAGAGAUAUAGACACAAAAGAUAACUCUUUUCUAUUUGUUCACGGAGAAUUAAACGCAAAUACAACAUCACUCUUCGGGAUCAAAUCAAAGUGUGCUCAGUUUAUCAAGCGUUCUGCUGUAGCAGUUUCUUUUGGUCAAUCAGAAGCAUUAGUAACACGGUUAAAGGGAAUUUUAGAGGAUUAUCCUUGCAAUGUAUCAAUUCUGAAUGAAUUAAUUCAAAACGCCGAUGACGCUGGAGCAACAGAAAUUCACUUUGUACAUGACCAACGAUCUCAUCCAACUGAUUUGAUUUUUGACAAAACACUUGCGGAUACACAAGGACCUAGUUUAGUGGUGUAUAACAACUCUUGCUUCUCGAAGAGUGAUAUUGAAGGAAUAUCAAAGCUUGGUGAAGGCAGUAAACGCUUAGACCCAAUGACAACUGGACAGUUUGGAAUUGGAUUCAACGCCGUGUAUCACAUCACGGACGUUCCGUCGUUUUUAACCAUUGGUGAAACAGUCCCAAACGGUUGUGCCUUAGUCAUGUUUGAUCCUCAUUGUGAUUAUGUUCCAUUGGCGACCCCACAAAAUCCUGGCAUGAUGAUCGAAGACAUACAAUGCAUUCAAAAGAAUUUUCCAGAUAUGUAUCAAGCUUAUCUCACUGAAGAAAUUUCUAGAUCAACAGGUACUUGGUUUCGAUUUCCACUAAGAACAACAGCUAUGGCAAAGAAAUCAAAAAUCAAGUCAAAAUUCAAUUUGACUAAUCAAACACUUCAACUCUGGUUUUCUUCCUUGGAAGCCGAUAUACCCAAGUCGUUACUGUUUUUGUCCAACAUUGUGAAUAUAUCGCUUUCGGUAAUAUCAAGCGAUGGUCAGAUUCAACAAAUAGCAUCUGUGUCGGCUAAGCGGGCUCCUACAGUAAAAGAAAAACUCCAAAAAUUUAACAGCGAUGCCAAACGAUAUGUAGACUCUUUACGAUCAGGGGAAAUUUCACUUACAGAGAAAGGAGUAUCUGCGCAAUACGAACAAGAAUUGAACAUUUCAAUCAAAGAUAAAACAUGCAAAGAAACGUGGUGUGUUUCACAGGUAUGUGGUGUCUAUGCCGAUGGAACUGUUGACAAGACGUUGCUCGAAAGUUUUAAAAGUAAAGAAAUAGCGUUGUCCCCAAGAGGAGGGGUAGCUUUUGAAAUUACAUUACAAUCUGACUACAGAUCUUCUACAGCAUUCAAUUUUUUGCCAUUAGAUAUUAAAACUAAUCUGGCAGUGCAUGUUAAUGGUCAUUUUGCAGUCAAUUCUGCACGGACGAGUAUCUGGGAAAAUAAUAAGCCACAGGGACAUCUUAAAGGAAUUUGGAACAGUUUUCUUCUUGAACAUGUUAUUCCUUUUGCAUACAUAGAACUUGUUUGUUUCCUUCGCGAAAAUUUGUUUCAGAAUUCUGAGAUGAAUAUCGAGCACACAAUAUGUGUUUACAAUAAUUCGUUUCCAAUUUUGAAAACUGUUGAAAAUACCCGUUGGAAAAUAUUAAUUGAAAGGUUUUAUCAACUAGCUCUUGAUCAAAAAGUCGAAAUUUUCCCCAUUUUCCUUCCCUCGGAUGUAUGUGGCAGUGUAUGCGAAUCAAACCAUUUCCUUAUCAAAAAGAUGUACAAAGUACCUUCCGGUGCAUGCGUCUCAUUUUUGUCCCUGAAGAUUGAAAAUCAUCAGUUUCCAUCGUAUUUUUGUCCUCCAGACUCCAAAUGCGUUUUAAUUUCUAGUGAAAACGCACUUUGGUUUGACUCUGAUUUGGCAACACUUUUAAAACUAUUGGGUUUAAAACUAUUAGAUUGUUCAAGGGACAUUGCUGAAAGUGUGCAAAGCACUUUACAAAUGCCAGAAAGUGUCCUUCCUUGUCUUUGUAUCACAGACAUCAUGGAGUUCCUGAGAUCAUGGAAAUCAAAUGCUGUAGACAAGUGCCGUAUUUCGAAGGUUGGAGUACCGAUAACAGAGACAUUGUUUAAAGAUAUUAAAACUUUAGGGAAAAUCGUGAAAGUUUGUUUCGGAUUGAAAACAUAUGAACACCCUGAAGAUCUAGAAGGUAUUCCUUUAUGUAUUCAAAAUGACAAUGUACUCCAAGUGUUUUCAAAGAUAAACAAGAAAUUUGUGUCUGAAUUUUGUGAUUUAUUUCCAAACUCAUCACAACAAUUUUUGCACGUUGAAUUUGUAAGUAUGUUUCAUAACAAACUUCAAAAAACCCUAGAUUUUCUAAUGCCGUUAAACAUUGAACACUUUUCAAAAUUGCUGUCAGAUGAUUUCGGAAAUCUGCAUUCAAAUAAACCCAUUCCAUUGAUUGAGAAUGCACAGAAUGAGAAAUGGUUUUCAAGAUGUUGGGAAUUCUUGUCAGUGUCCAACCAAAUGAGUAAUAUUAAAACAUAUGAUGACUUUUUAAGUUCAUGGUGCUUGAUACCUGUAGAAACAAGAUCAAAAAGGGAAUUGUAUCCUUUUAAAAUGCGAUUUGCUAUUUUGGAUGCAAGGUCCUUUUUUGAAGCGACGGGGGAUGUUAGCAAUGAAGAUCAAACAAUAGGAAAAUUUUUGUCUAAUCUUGAUAUCCCUUCACCUUUCUUGAAAUAUAUCGGCAAAUCUUUCAAAAAAAGACAAACUGUGAGAUCUUUAUGUGCCUCAAAAAAUUCACCAGAAAUCAUUCUUGAUUGUAUGAUAUAUCACAAGAACUGCUGCUUAGAAACAAAAAAUGCUAAAGAUCUUUUAGUUUUUCUGUACAAUAAGUUACGAAAUGACUUCAGCAAACUCAAAAGCAAAUUUAGAGAGGUAAAUUUAUACAAAUCAUUCGACGGAACUUUAACAAAUCUCGAUACAACAGGUGACAUUAUCAUCCUUGAAGCUGGAUGCGUUCCAACAAGUGGACUGGGGUUGUUUUGCCAAGAUAGAAACCUGAAAAUUCUCGAAAAUAAUGUUUACCUUUACGAACUCUACGAAAAGCUCUCAUUGGAGAGAAUUGCCAGUAUUUCGUUUUAUGAGAGGUAUUUGCUUCGAUAUCCGGAAAAUCUUGAUCAUGAAACUCGAAUGAGGCACAUUCUUCACAUCAAUGAAAAUUGUCUUUUUAAGAAAGGAAGUGAUUUAAUGAAAAGACUUAUUAAAGAUUUCCCAUUUGUUAAGAAUGCUAAAACCAAACGACUGCAAAGAGUUUGCGAUUUCUUUACUCCGUACCCUCGAAUAUGUCGCAGAAUGUUCACGGAUGAAGAAUUACUUCCUUUAGACCCAUUCAAGGAUGAGGAGUGGAAAGAUUUGUUGUAUUUUGCGGGUUUAAAAACCAAUAUUCCUGUAGAAAUGUAUCUUAGAUUUGCCAGGAACAUUGAAAGACGACAGGAGAAAGAAAAAGACCAGAAUUUGUAUUCAGACUCAAAACUACUUUUGAAUGAAAUUCUUAAAAUUCCAAACAUACAUAAAGAAGAGCAGUUCCUUCGACAACUAAGGGAGGUCAAAUUUAUCAUCCCUUAUAAGGUUAAAAGAGGGUACUUGGAAAUGUUAUGUGCUUUUAACACUGCUUCCCUGAUUUCUUUCGAAAAUGCUGUUUAUCCUGAGAGUGAGCUACUGACAUGGUCAAUGUGCAAAAUUUUACCAGAUUUGAAGUGGCAAGACAAAGAACAUUCUUUGAAAGUGGAGGAGAAGUUACUCAUUAAAAGAAUACCCGACUUGAGAGAUGUUAUCUCGCAUGUUCACAAACUGUGCGAUAACAUAUAUUUAGCCGUUAAAAUUGAGCAAACUAACAUAAAGUUGGUGGAAAAUGUCGGUGAAUUGCAUGAAUUUAUGGAAUUGAUUUACACAAAACUGAAGAAUAUGGCUGUAUCUGCUAGAGCAGUGAAAGAAAUGGAGAUUGGGUUUAGUGAAACUCCAUUAUUCUACAACGACAAGAAAAAUUGUUUUCUUAGAUGGGACCAAAUGGUUUUGGAACUUAGAAGAGAAGACGAAAUUUCAACCCACCUAUGCAGAGGGAGUGAAAUAUAUGGGGCGCACUUUGAUUUCUUCAGAAAACUUGGUGUUACCAACGAAGCUACCUAUUUUCAUUAUGUACGAGUGUUUCAUGUGCUCAAAUCACUGAUCGGAGACAGGCCACUUAUGGGCGAAGAAUUAUCUUUGUGUCAGAAAGCUAUGAAUGGAUUGUUGGAAUCAGUCAAAAAAUUGUCCAAUCUCUCAAUAACUGGAGAAGAAAAUUUUGAUAAAUUGAAUGAGUUCCCUUGUGUUUACAUACCAACAGACGCAAAUAGAUUGGAAAAAUCGUUCGAUCUGACAAUAUGCGAUAUACCAGAUUUUGAAGAGCGGUUAGAAGGCGUUAACGAUAUUAAAUUCGUUAAAAGAGCUCAUUCCAGUUACUCUCGAAAUAAGUUGCUUUUAUUAUUGCCCUCAAAUUUUAGACCUAAAUGUAUUUCACAAGAGGUAAAAGAAGUUGUGUGCAAAAAAGACGGAUGUCAAUCAUCUGAAGAAAUUAGAAAUCUUAACAAAAGAGUUCACAAAAAAGAAUUUAUGGAUGCUUUAUUUGCCAUUUUAUCACUGUCAAAAAUAAGCGGUAGCGAAAAGGAAAAUUAUAGAGCGAAAUUGGAGAGAUUGCAUUUUGAACAGGUGUCUAAUUUGGAAACAAUUCUUGUUUUUAAAUCUAAUGGUGUUGAAAUUCAAGGCUCAAAAAAACCUAAGGAGAUAUUCUAUGAUCCGGAUGAUUCAAUAGUGUUUAUCAAAAUAAAGCAGGGUACUCGUUCAUUAUUUCGAUAUGUUCGGGAUCUAGCAUUUGAUGUCAUUGUUAAAUGCACCAGUGAUGUUGCUAACCGGUACAAAACAGAAAUUAUAAGAUUGCUAGAAUCUGAGACAGUCGAUGAAAUAAAUGAGGUAUUAUCCAGUUUAAAAGUAGGUGUUGAACCCAAAUGGGAACCAGAGUUGGGGUCAUAUGUACCGGAGGAUCUUCAUGAAUAUUUAGAGAAUUCUAUUCAAGAUUUGCGGCCUAGUGAGAUCGUAGCCUUAGAGAUCUUAAAUCCAGCGUUUGAUGCAGUGGAAGAUUAUGUUUACAUUUAUGUCAAGGUUAUAAAGAAAACCGACACUAACAUGUUUCCCAUGUAUGAAAUUUAUGAUGGUUUACAAAUUCGUCCUGAAAUUGCAUUUAAACUAUAUCGGUUCGUUCCAGCAGAGAAUGGUACUUCCAGCCAAGAGCUAGAAAGGUAUACUGACCUUGGAGGAGAGGUAUAUCAAACUCGAAAAGGGGUGAUCUUCAACGAAAUUAAACGCACACUUAUUGAAGCAUGGAAAUAUGAUGAACGAGAUUUCAGACGAGUUAAGAAUAGAUUAUUGCUGAAUUGGCAUCCAGACAGACAUCCAAAUAACCCUCUUGCGACUGAGAUAACCCAGUAUAUUCUCGAGAUUUGGCGUCGGUUGAAGAAUGGUGAAUUCAAAGAACAAGUUCAAAAUUGUUCUGAAAGUUUCACAAGGCAGCGAAACUUUUACUAUAGACACAGACAAAAAUGGAAAGGUGAUGUUUUCUAUGGUGAACGUAACCCUACACAUGCGCAGCCUAGGAGGGAGGACGACGACGACUGGCUUGACGGUUAUGCAAACCGACGUCGACAUCGAAGACGAAGACAUUAUUCGGGAUGGGCAUCCUAUGGAGGGGGGAGAAGAACGAGUUCAGCAGAAUACCAGCCAAAUCCUCAACCUCAAGUUGGGAAGCUGUGGUUAAAACAAGCCAAAUACAACAUGAGGGCCGCACGCAUGGAGAUGGAUCAAUCUGUUUCAUCCGACUGGGACAAUGGAAGGAAUUGGAUAUGUUACAAAUGUCAUUUGACCAUAGAGACCAGCCUGAAGAGUUUACUAUAUCGUCAGGAUGCCCAAAAGGCCUAUGAUAACCGGAACAAUCACGAUCUGGUUUCACUUUCACAUUGCCUGUCCAUUCAAGAGAUGACGGAGGCUUGUCGAAGGUUCAUAUCCGAGGUUUGUGACAACCGGGACUUGAUGACCUAUCCGUCUGUAGGCCACGUCCCCGGUGAGGCGUUUACCGCUGAACAAGCGGAAGGGGCGUGUUGUAUCGCCACGGAAAUCAUUGACCUCUGUGAUGAACAGUGGGGUUCGUAAAAGCAGAUGCAUGAAGUAAAUCAAGCAAUCGUAUUCACAAAACAGUUAAGUCGUGGUACGUAUUGUUUAGGUUGAAAAUGAAAUUUAGUGUGUUUGGAAAAUACAUUUAUUUAUCAUAUCUGUAUAAUUAUGUAAAGUAACUUUAACCUAACUUUGUGAAUAUUUGAUAUCUUUUUAACUGUUCGAAUUAUUUAAAACGUGGAUUUUCUGUAACAGUUACUUGGAUCAGCAUUGUCUAAUAGUUUGUUAUUUAGAAGCACAAUUUGUCUUUAUUCACUUUCUUAAGUUACUGAAUUAAGAUGAAUUAUAAAGGAUAAAUUCGAUAAUUCUAAAUUUAUACGAAUAUAAACUAGGUUGGAACAGUUUAUGUUUUUUAAAAUUAGAUAGCUAUACUGAAUACAUUCUUUACAGUGCUAAAGAGUGUGUGACACUGUUCUGAUAGAUAGGGUUCAUGUCGAUAUAAAUGUAUAGCUGGUACAUUUUAUUUUAAAGAAUAUGGAUUUUUUCAUUUAGCAAAUUAAAUAAGAUUUUGAUAUAGAGAUCUCAGUUUCAAGUUUUUUGGGGUUUUUUUUAUACAAAUGUUUUUAGUUAUACUUUGUCAUGGUAUCUUGUGUAUAUAUAUUCAUGUUGAAUUCUUAGAAGUGUGCUAUCCUUUUGUAUGAUGAUGUUUUGUAUUUGUCAAACUUCAUGUAUUACUACAAUAUUAAACAUUCAUCUUUAUUUGGAAGUGGUUACUCUUAAAAUGAUGCAAUAAGGCAUCUUCUAAGAAUUUAUUAAAUCAAAUGUUAUUAUUAAACACUUGCACCAAAUUCGUUUAAACAUUCAAAUUGGUGUAUAAAUGUAGAGUUAUUUUAUGCUAGAAGAAUGAUGAGUUCUACAUUUCUGACGUGUGUCAUGGUAGUAAUAGUGAGUUUUAAAUAUUUUGUUUUAAAAGGUACGAAUUCAUGAUAUAUGUUUUAUUAUGUUUUUGACUCGGUAAAAAGUUAUGUUUGAUUGCUAUACAUUUUUGGAAGUUUAAUUAUGUUAUUAAAUACAGAUUAUAUUAAGUACACAUUGGUAGAGUAUUUAGGAACAAUUGUUCAUAUAAAAUGAAGACCAAUAUGAACUAUGUAAGUCUUGUUAUGGUGACAUUAUUUCAAACGUUAUUUUUGACUUUUCUUUAGUUUUUUGAGUAAAUAUAUUGUGUCAUUUCGUAAUUGUUCGUUUAUGAGUAUUUCCCCCUUAGGAAAAUAAAUCUUUGUGGAAAGUUG